CGAAAGUCAAAAUAUAGUUUAGUUAAAGUGCGUUUUAAUUUAACUGUGAUAAAUGAAUCAACCGAUUUUAUGACACCUUAGUAGUCUCUUUUUUAAAACGCAAGCACUUUCGAUUUAUCUUUAUAAUAAUCAGUGUGACAUGGCCAAAAGAUUCUCGUUGACCGAUGAAAAACUGGACGAUCUUUUUGUCGAGGAGGUGGCCAGUGUGGUAAAACUAGUCGAUAGGCUGCCCGAAAAAGAUCGGAUUGUGCCAAUUUGCACCCGAUGGCUCAACAUUUUUCACCAGGCGACGGCGAAGGAACGAUUUUCCCGGAACUAUAUGCUUCUGCUGCUCCACAAGCAGCUCAAUGAUCGGAGCACUUUGGGUUACCCAUUUACGGAUCCCAACAAAUCGCGAAUGGAUUUGCGCACUCUCCACCAAAUGAGCUUGCAGAAAGAUAAUAAAGCGGACCAUCCAGACAACGGCAGACCCGACAAGAGCUUCGAUGAGGAGGACUUGUCCUCUUUCAGUUCCAGCGAGAGUUUAGAGGUGGCCAACCAUAGGUUGAUUGACAAAAAUGCCGCAUUGACCAAGGAAUUGCAGGAGCUUCAGUGUGCGAUAGAUAAAUUGCAAGCAAAGCAGGAAAAAAGCGAGAAAUCUAUUCAAAUGCUAAGCGAACAGAUUUACAUGCUGGACAAGGAAAAUCGCUAUCUCAAGCGAAUCUUCGCCUGCUCUUCGAUCAACGCUCUAAAGCAACUCUGCACCGGACAAGACCCCGCGGUGUUCUUUGACACCUUAUACAGUGUUCUCUGCGAGAACGACUCUGACUAUCAGCAGGUGAAGCACUUCAACGAACACUUUAAAAACCUUCUACAAGCCCAUAUCAAUCACUACCAGCGGGAGCAGCGUGCUCCCUUGCUGGAGCAGGCAAGCCAAAGAUACGACAUUUUGCGCUCCAAAGUUAGCAGAAGAUACAAAAAUGUUCUCGGAAUGAAAAUGGAUGCCCAGGGCCAGGAGUUGACCCUCAGCGCGAUGAGAUAUCUGACCGUGCUGCGAAAACUGUUUUUGGCCACAUUCGAAGGCAAGCCAAGUACCAAGAAGGCAGUUGUCAAGUUUCUGCAGCGCAGCUACGAGGAAAUGUCCGAGAUGCUAUAGGGAAUAG